UGUGUGUGUGUUUACAGAAGGUGUGCGUAUGUGUGUUUGGAUUUUUGUUGCUUUUGUCUUUGGACGAGGGAGCAUGAGCCACAACGCGCGCGGUGCCGGAUGUUGCCCAAGCUGGCCCGUUGGAACAGGACAUGAAGGCAAAGGCGCUGGCGCCAGGGCUGGAAUUUUUUUUUUCCCUUCUCGAAAUGCUGACACGACGAUGACACCCACGACGAUGCCUAAGCAAACAUUGCGAGGGUGUGUUUAAAAGGCCCGUUUGUAGGCGGCCCAGGGCGCAGAGAUGGACGCGGCGCUGAGCGAACGGCAAACGCUCAACGGAGGCGCCGAGGAGCAACUCGCAGCAAGUCCAAAGCCACCCAAGACCCGGAGCGCUCCAGAGUUGCUCGUCGUGUCUCGCUGCGCGGGCUGUUACAAGCAGCAUAAACGCGGGGUCAAGUCGGCAGGAUCCUCCGACGAGCGCGAUCGGUCGUCGUCCUCCAGCGAAGACGACGACUACGACGAGCGUGAACGGGAAGGGGCCCCGCCUGCAGGGGGAGCCCAUGAGCAAGAGGGACGCCGUGGUGAGCGACCGAGCAAGACGGGAGACGCCGAGUCCCACCCGGAAGAUGGCGCGUCCGCUCCGACUCCAGUCCAACCUUCACCUGCGGGGGGCGCCAGCCAACCGUAGGGCGACGUUACCCCGGCCACGCAGGACACGUUUGCCCCCACGGUGGUAAAACAAACAAACCAACCUGGCGCCAACUGUUGAUUGGUGAUGAUUUUUGGUUGUAAAACUGGUUGGGCCUUUGUUGCUGUCUAUUAAAUAUGUUGAUGUUGACGUGACAUCUUUGGUUGUUUCUUUGCUGUGAAAGAGGAUCAACGCAUGUUGGACUCGAACAGUGGAUUCAGUCGCCGAUUUGAAGCGCUCCAAUUUGGCCUCAAGCCCCGAUUUGAAAACGUAACCCUGUUUUCGAAGCCCUCAUUCGACUCCCUACAUUUGGUUCGAAGCUCCGAUUUGAGAAUUUGUAACCCUGGUUUCAAACCCGACCCUCGGCCUGAACUUUGAGCAUUUCAAAAGAAAUCCCGUACUUGUAAUUUUGCUGGUGCACGAAUAAAGUCUCUCCGUGACCUCCGCGGGUCCCCGUAGGCUCGGCUCUUCCGAGCUCAAUUCUGUGUUGAAAGCGUGACGCUCAUUGCAAAUCCUAAUGGUCUCAAAUAAGAUCUGAAGAUCUGCGAUUGGCUGGCAACCGGGUUGGGGGGUGUCCCCCGCCUACUGCCCCGAAGACGGCAGGGAUAGGCUCCGGCAAGCCCGGGAGCCUCCCGGGGACAAGCGGCUCCGAUAGUGGAUGGCUGGAGAAAGUGAAGAAUGUUGUUCAAAAUCAACAUCCAGUCGGAGUCCCAUUUUGGAGCUGAAAAAAAAGCUGCAUUGAUGCCACUUGAGUCAAUUAGACGAACUGCGCGCUGUGUUCCAUAAUGGACCGGAGCCCAGACCACUCCCUCUUCAACCACACACACGCACACACACACACACACACGCGCGCGCACACAUCCUCUCGCUCUCUCUCUCUCUCUCUCUCUUUUCGUGUGGCUUUCCUUCUUUGUUUCUUUGCGUCGGAUUGCGAUGGAGCCCAGCAGUCCCAAGAAGAUCCAGUUUGACGUUCCGCCGCUGCAGGGACACUUGGACCCUCAGGCCGCCGAGCACAUACGUCGCAGAAGACCGACGCCCGCAACUCUGCAAAUAUACAGACAACCAGAAGCCGGAGAUCAGCACGACGCCAACGGAGGCUCUCAGUGUGGAGAUGGCGCUCAGAGGAAGCAGAGCGCUUUGGCCCCGCCCACCACCAAAGGGCUUCACGUGGGGGCGGAGCACCCGCUGGCGGGGGGGCCGGACUGUCAGUUGAGUCCGAACUCAGCGCAGCUCUCUGCCGGCUCCUUCCCGUGGACCAAUCAGAACGGGCCGGAGGAAGCCAACGGGAACCUGGUAGCCAAUCACGAGAGAGGCGUGGCACAGAGCAACAGUUGCGGCGAUGUGUCAUGCGAGUCCCAAAAAGAAGCUUCCAGCCCCGACUCGGUCUCUCGAUAGCCGCCGCUGCGCUUCCUCCUCUUCACCCUCCUCUUCCUCGUGUUCAUGCUGCUGCAUUACCCGCUCGACAACAACAAGAACGAGAACACUGUACAAUCUCAUGUAGGAUGACAUUGAUGCACAUGACAUGGCUGUGAAUAAAGAUGUGUUAUUAUAUGGCAA